AUGGCUGUUGAAGAGGCCAUCCCACGUGAUGUAGGGUCAAGAUAUGAUGGCUGCCAUGACUGGCCCAAGGCCACAUCAUUAUUUAGCCCAGUUAAGCUUCUAAAUCUAACACGCAUUUUAUCAAAGGGUCACCAUCGUAAGGCCCACCACAGAAACAACCUUCAUGGAGUAUGGAGAGGACCACCUUCAAGUCCCACUUUAAUUUAUGAAGACUAA